AUGACAUCGUCUACUUCAACUUAUCUUCUACCAGAACUAUCAUCAUCUUUACUAGGUGCAAAAUCUAUACUUAUUAAACAAUCUUCGCCAGCAUUGGUCCAUCCUUUGCAUCAUCAAUUUCAACAUUCAUUUCAUCGGCCUCCUCCUUCUCUGCCAUCAUAUGCUCAUCAUCAUCAACAACAAAUGAUGAAAUCAAUGCCUACUAAUGAUUCAUUUCAUUCAUUAACAGUUGCUAAUCUCAACAAUGGAAAUUCAUUAAAUAGUAACAAUAACCCAUCAGUAUUAAUAACAAAUAAUAAUAAUAAUAAUAAUAAUAAUAAUAAUAAUAAUAAUAACCAUAAUGAUGAUAUAAGUGGUAGUUUAAAUGGACCCAGUCUUUCACAAAGUAUGGAAUCAAUAAAUAAUAUCGGCUUACAAGAUGACGAGGUUAGAUAUACAUAUAUAUAA